AUGAACAAGUUCUCUUCGCCAGAGAAACAUGCUCGCCAUGGCACGUUCAUGCGGUUCCUCGUCAUUCUCAGCAGUGCGAUUGGGUCUUUUUUGUUCGUGGUUGUCUUGAGUAUAGGUGCAUCCAUAUAUCAUCUUAGAGAUGUGGUUUCCGGGAGAGAGAAGCUGAAUGCUCCUAAAAAGGAGAAUGACGUUGAAAACUACACGGUGCGCCAGCCGUACCCCGACAUGAAGAAUUUGAAGAUCACCAAUUCGUUGCGUUAUUACGCUUUGCAACUAGGACUCGAUCUUGAAGAGUAUAACAUUACCACCGGUGAUGGUUAUGUGCUUACCUUGCACCAUCUUAUCGAUCCUAAGGACACACCGGCUGUUCGUCAUGCAAAGAAACCAGUCUUGUUACAGCAUGGGCUUCUAUCUUGCUCAGGUGCAUGGUUGGCUCCUGGCCAGAACUCAUUACCAUUUUAUUUCAUGCAUCAGGGUUACGAUGUAUGGAUGGGAAACAACCGGUGUGGGUUUGAACCUAGGCACACGUACUACGAAGGGAAUCUCAUGCACAACGAGGAAUUCUGGGACUGGGAUGUCCGUGCACUUGCUACCUACGACUUACCAUGCAUCAUCGAUAAUGUGUUGAUCCACUCAGCCCACGAUAAGCUCUUCUUGGUGGGCCAUCUGCAAGGAUGCACUCAGACUUUCGUGAUGUUGCGUAAUCCCGACUUUAAGGAGCAUCAUCGCAAAAUCGAACAUUUUUUCGCUUUGGCUCCAGCCGUGUUCCCUGGUUCUCUCUUUCACGACCGUUCAUUUAUCAAGUUCAUCCACCACAGGAGUCCUAAGGCAUACCACGCCUUUUUUGGCUCUUGCUGUUUUAUUAGAAUUCUUGGCUUUUUCCGCAAGUGGAUUGGAAAGACGAAGAUGUUCAGUGUUCUCUCCUACCAGUUAUUCAAGUACUUGUUUGGAUGGAAUAUCAACAACUGCCAUCCAGAUAAGAAAGUUUUACAUAUUCAAUUUCUCUUCAACGUGACCUACAUCAGCUCUAGGCUCAUGUCGUGGUGGCUUUCGUAUUCUGUCAAAGAAGGUUUCUCCAACCAACUCCAGCCAAAGUCUGCGUACAAGGAUGGUUCAAACUUUGCAUUUACGCCAGUCCCUACUAAGGAAGAAACUAGUGUUACAGGCGAGGAAACACCUCAGGCUUCCCCCAACGCAGAAAAACUUUCCGAACUUCUGCCUGAAAUGGAUGCUGAUGCCUUGGAUGUGCCCUUGCCAAUAGACGACUCGGAAACUUUCUUUCCAUACAAGCAAGAGUGGUUCAAUUUCAAUAAACAGGAGGAGAUUGUACCUAUGAUCAUUUUCCCGUGUGGUGAAGAUUACUUGGUGGACGGUCAGAGAUUAGCCACUCACAUGAGACAUUACGAAAGACGGUUCUACAAGGAAGGAGUUAACCUCGAUGUGGUGGAUUUGCCAGACUACAACCAUCUUGACGUUAUCUGGUCACUGAACACCAUUGGUAAGAUCGGCAUGGUCAUUCACGAUAAGAUCCAGUCUUUGAACUAA